AUGGGUGGUCUUGAAGGUCCAGGUCUCGUGAAUAGCUGGUUCUCUGUGAAGAUUAAGGCACAAUUCAAGGAUUUGAAAGAAGUAUUACUCCUCGAUUUCGAUCUGGACUGCACAUGCCGGGCGUCUCCGCUUCACAGUACCUCAUCCUUUUCAUGGUGGUGGUUCAACAUUAUUUCGGGCGAUGAGCAGCUGGAGCUCAGCCAAGGUUCCCCGAUGAUGAGAAAAUGCGCCGUCGCUUUUUGGGACUGGGUUCCACUUUUGGACGGGAGGGGCUCACCGGUUCUGCAAAGCCAGAAAUAUGUGUUGUAG